AUGUCGGUACCGACGACUAAAACACCAACUGUGGUCCGCAGCCACUCAACUACAUCUCGCCCCUCUCGAGCCCCAUCUGAUCUCCCGCAUCGCACACGCAGUGUGGCGGUCCGAUCGUCGAAUACAUCCCAGCCUCCUACGCCAACUAACCUGUCACAUUCGAAAACUCCUUCCCAGGACCGACGUCCUCCCUCAAACCAUACUGCCCUCGAGGGUGCAGCCCGGCGCGAAUUCGAGGCAGCCAAUGUCGCGCGCAUGCCUUCGCGUCGGGAAACGUCAUCGGACCGAUCUCAGGAACGCCCCUCGACCGCUCGAACUGAAACUGCCCGGAGGCACCAAAGAAAUCUCUCAUCGCAAAGCCGUCACCGAGACAGUAUCGAUAUGACACCGAACUCGGCUUCACAGCAGCCGCCGCAGCAUGCGACCGCAACAAGUGCCCCCACAGCCGCAGCUGCGCCUCGGCGACGGACCACGAUCACGACGCCGACCGGUCAGUGGGCUCUCGGCAAAACAAUAGGUGCCGGAAGUAUGGGAAAGGUUAAAUUGGCGAAAAAUACGGAGACUGGAGAACAGGUUGCCAUUAAAAUCGUGCCCCGACUCUCGACCGAGGAACAUCGCAGUAGCCGGGAGACAGAGAGAGCCGAUCGCUCAAAGGAGAUUCGGACAGCUCGAGAAGCUGCCAUCGUCAGCCUAGUGAACCACCCGUAUAUCUGUGGCAUGCGGGACGUCGUUCGAACUUCAUACCAUUGGUAUAUGCUGUUCGAAUAUGUCAACGGCGGUCAAAUGCUGGAUUAUAUCAUCUCCCACGGCAAGCUGAAGGAAAAACAGGCGCGCAAGUUCGCACGGCAGAUUGCCAGCGCAUUGGACUACUGCCACCGCAACAGCAUCGUACAUCGCGAUCUGAAGAUCGAGAACAUCCUUAUCAGCAAGACUGGUGACAUCAAAAUCAUUGAUUUCGGUCUCAGCAACUUGUUCUCCCCGAGAAGCCUCUUGAAGACUUUCUGCGGUAGUCUGUAUUUCGCAGCCCCGGAGUUGCUUCAGGCAAGACAAUACACGGGACCCGAAGUUGAUGUUUGGAGCUUUGGAAUUGUCCUUUAUGUCUUGGUUUGUGGAAAGGUACCUUUUGAUGAUCAGAGUAUGCCUCAGCUGCAUGCGAAAAUCAAGAAAGGUGUGGUGGAGUACCCACCAGGUCUCACUGCUGAAUGCCGCCACAUUAUCUCCCGCAUGCUGGUCACUGACCCCAAGCAACGUGCCAGCUUGGCCGAGAUCAUGAGCCAUCCCUGGAUGAAUAAGGGUUUCAGUAACCCUCCGGAGAACCACCUUCCUCACCGUGAGCCUUUGCAGCUACCUCUGGAUCAAGAGGUCGUUGAAAAGAUGACCGGUUUUGACUUCGGGCCUCCGGAAUACAUUACCGCUCAGUUGACCAAAGUAUUGGAGUCUGAAGAUUACCAACAUGCUAUCCGGUUGUACAUGCGCGAGCAACACCAGCCUGUUUCCAAUCACCCAGAGCGCAAACGAGGAGUAUUCGAUUUCUACAAACGGCGAAACUCUGCAGCCAGUCGUGAUACCCUUUCCGCGCCUUCGGCCGAGGCGUCAAAGAAAAGCUUGACCGAGAGCGGUCCGAAGCACGGCCUGGUGCCCUUGGUCUGCGUCAAACCCCCCAGUGAAGUCCACAUGCCUGAACUGCGGCCCCCGGAAGCGGCCCACACCAAUCAGUACCAGUUGGCAGGAGACAAGGAUACAGGACGACGAUCUCGGCCACGGGCUCGCACCCAUGGCGAGGACGAAGUCACAGAAGGAAUGAAAAUACUUCAUUCUUCCUCGCCAUCUGCGCACGUCCCAGCCCCACAGCCCGACACACCCGCCAAGAAAGAAAGCACUGCUGCUGGAAUCUUGAGAAGAUUUAGCACUCGCAGGACCAAAGAUCGCGGCCGCGAUGUGGAUCGCGAACGCAUCAGUACCCCUAACACACCCACACUCAACGUUCAACCUCCUGCAGAUUCGGCAUCUCCGAUUCACCGUGGCUUCAGUGUAAGGAGAACCCGACGGGCGGAGCCAUCUCCAGGCGAGACGUCUUCGAAUGACAGUCGGCCACAGCAGGAUCUUCUAGCGGCGCCAGGAUCGUCGGAACGCAAUGUGCGGUCCAACAAAUUCCUGGAGAGAUCUACCAGUGUCAAUUCGGCAGACUACCGAGCUCGGAGAGCCACACGGAGAAGUGAUGCCGAUGCCUUGGAUGUUCCCGCAGACCGUCAACCGCCCUCUACCAGUGACUCUGAUCAGGUUGCUCCGAAUAAUCAGAGAGAUCCGGCCAGCGUGAGGGCUGGUGGACGCACGCACACGGCGCGCACCAUGUCGCUGGGACACGCCCGACGAGAAAGUAUCCAGGCACGCCGGGCCCGGCGCGACGCUACCCGGGAGGCCAAUGUGCCCGAAGAGACCGAUGCAGAUAUCUCCGGCGCAGGGACAGCACUGGAGAGCGCUAACGAGGGAGAAGAUCUGUCCAAGCCCGUUUACCUGAAGGGUCUUUUCAGUGUUUCUACCACCAGCAGCAAACCCUUGCCCGUUAUUCGCGCUGACAUCAUUCGGGUAUUGAGGCAGCUCUCGGUUGAGUAUGUCGAGAUCAAGGGUGGGUUCAGCUGCCGCCACGCCCCCAGCAUCGAACUCGACAAGGUGGUUGAUGUUGCCCCUCCCAGCCCAGAAAGACAGGGGCAAGUGUCAGGGCACCGCCGCCGUAUCAGCUUUGGCGGCCUUCUCAGCCAUGAUGAAACCCGAGACGACGGCCGCACUGGGUCCUCCAAACUUCGUCGGGCUCAAGCUGCGCCGGAUCGCAGUUUCACCACGAACUCGGAUGCCUCGGAUGAAUAUGUUGCACGGGAACAGGGUGGUCCAGCCGGCGAGCGUGUCGUUGGCGAAACCACUACCCGUGUACAAAGCGACACUGGAGAGAACCUCGUCCUCCGAUUUGAAAUCCUGAUCGUGAAGGUGCCCCUGUUCUCCCUACACGGUAUUCAGUUCAAGAAGGUAUCAGGUGGCAUGUGGCAGUAUCGAGAGAUGGCGAAGAAGAUCCUCGAUGCAUUGAAACUGUGA